AUGUUCCUUUUCGCGUCUCAACUUCGAUCCCGCUUCUCGACCUCGCCGCCUUCCCCUCGCUCCUGCGACCGCCCACUGCCGCCGUUCCUCUUCCGCUUCCGCCGCCGCGACCGGAGCAGUCCCGCCAGGCGCUCCAUUGUCGCGUCCGCCGCCUCGCCGCCCUCGUUCUUCUCCCGACAUGACGUGACGGCGGCCGCCGCGCUCAUCCAGACACCCAGCGCCGCAGCGAGGACCUUUGCCGCCACGCCCGUCCUCGCGAGGAGGAGGCCGCCGCCGCCGCCGCCGCCGCCGCUGCCUGCCAUGGCAAUCUGCAAAUUCUAUCAGCAGGGCAAUUGCAAGUUUGGCAAUAGCUGCCGAUUCGAACACCCCAAACCCCAGAACCAGAACCGCUUUGGCGCCCUAGGAGGGGGAGCCGCCGCCGGAGGCCAAAAUGCCCUAACCAAGUACAGCGUCUCGGGCGAGACCAUCGAGAAGGAUCUGACACUCGAGAAGCCCCAAUGGAUAUUGUCCGCCUACGGCCCCGGGAGAGAUGCGCCCGAUCAGCUCUUUGGAGGAUACCCGCGCGAGCAGAGCUUCGAGGAGCUGCGACUGCAUUACCUCGCAGGCAAGGCGUCGGGCAAUGAGCAGCAAGCGCUCAACGAGGCACAGCAACUCUAUCAGAAUGCGCAGCAGCAGAUGGAGACUGCGCUCCGAGAUGUCCAGGGCGCCGCGCGCUUCAUCGUCGAACGAGAGUCUCAGCAUCCCAACAGGCACGACGUCUGCCGCGAAGGCACGCAGGGAGCCCCCUUUGGGGAGUUUGAAGUAGCAAAGCGGGCAAGGCAAAUGGGUGCCGCCCCGGCGCAGGCGAACCCCUUUUCCACGGGAGCCGGCAACACUCCGUCAGCGUUUGGCGCGCCUUCACAACCCGCCGGCGGCGCCUUCGGACAGCCCUCGGCCCUGGGCCAGAAACCCAACCCCUUCGGCACUCCCGCCUUUGGCCAGCCUGCUCAGCCGGCGGCCGCGUUUGGACAACCAUCCCAGCCAGCGUCCGCCUUUGGCCAGCCCUCACAACAAUCAUCCUCGUCAUCACCCUUCGGACAAGCAGCGCAGGGAGGCGCAUCGGCAUUCGGCCAGGCCGCCCAGCCUGCCUCUGCCUUUGGUCAAGCGUCCGCCCUCGGUGCAAAGCCCAACCCCUUUGGGGCCCCUGCUUUUGGCCAGCCUGCGCAACCCAGCACACAAGGCAGCGCCUUUGGACAAACUGGACAGCUCGGCCAGAAGCCAAACCCCUUUGGAUCCAAUGCGAACACCAACGCGGCGCCGGGCUCGAGCCCCUUUGGGACCAUGGGCGCUGGUGCAGGCGACAAAGCCCCCGCGACAAGUCCCUUUGGCGCGCAGACCUCCGGCCCUGCCAACGCGGCGCCAAAUCCAUUCUCGUCUGCGGCGCCAAACCAGAACGCGACCAGUCCCUUUGCCCAUCCGGGCGGCCAAACCGGUGCCAGUCCAUUCGGUCAGGCGUCUACCCCGGCGGCGAACCCCUUCGGAGCCGCAAAUCAGCAGCAGCAGCAACAGCAGCCGGCCGCCAACAACCCAUUCGGGCAACCGUCCCAGCCUCAAAUAAAUGGCACAUUAGGACAAGCCGCCAGCAAUCCCUUCGCACAAAACGCGCCGCAAAGCGCCCAGGGCGCACCCAACCCCUUCGGCCAACAACAGCAACCAGCCGCGGCCUCGCGACCCAGCCCCUUUGGCGCAGCCCCCCAGCAGGAACAAAAGCCCGCCGCCGGAGCCGCUCCCGCAGGGAACCCCUAUCCGCCCGGCAGCGCGAAGCAGCACCCGCCCAUCGAGAGCUACACCGCCAGGGGCAUGGACGGCAGCCUCUCCGCGUUCAAGGGCAAGCCCGUCUCGUACAAGGACGGCCAGCCGGGCCUCCGCGCCUUCGACGGCACGUGGACGCGCAUCUGGUUCCCCAACGGCCCGCCCCCCUACUACAAGGACACGGAGCUGCCGCCCGAGGCGUACGACCAGACGACCAAGGCGCAGUGGGAGGCGUUUGCCCGGACCGGCACAUUCGAGGGCGGCGUCAUGCCGGAGCUUCCCCCGCCGAGGGAGUGCACGCAGUGGGACUUUUAA